UACCCCCACGCUGUGGGCAGGAACACGCUGCUGAUCGCGGGGCUGCAGGCCCGCAACAACGCCCGCGUCGUCUUCAGCGGCUCCCUGGACUUCUUCAGCGACGCCUUCUUCAGCUCCGCCGUGCAGAAGGCCUCCCCUGGUGCCAAGAGGUACUCACAGACAGGGAACUACGAGCUGGCGGUCGCCCUGUCCCGCUGGGUGUUCAAGGAGGAGGGAGUGCUGCGCGUGGGGGCCGUGUCCCACCACCGCGUGGGGGAACUCACGCCUCCCAACGCCUACACCGUCACCGACCUCGUGGAGUACAGCAUCGUCAUCGAGAAGCUUUCUGAUGGCAAGUGGGUGCCCUUCGACGGCGACGACAUCCAGCUGGAGUUCGUGCGCAUCGACCCCUUCGUGCGCACCUUCCUGAAGAGGAACGGUGGGAAGUACAGCGUGCAGUUCAAGCUGCCCGAUGUCUACGGGGUGUUCCAGUUUAAAGUGGAUUAUAACCGGCUGGGUUACACCCACCUCUACUCCUCCACCCAGGUAAGCCUGGUGGGAGUUAACGGCCC